AUGGCCAGCGCUGACUGCCUUCCCGACUACCCACUCGACUCAGAUUUAGUGAAGAGAUUAAAGUCCGCCCUGGAUGCCAGCGACGAGGAGAGAGUGAGCGACUUGCUCUGCACUGAAGUGGAGCAGGUGGACGCCAUCAUCGAAAUGGCCAACGAUGACUGGAUGAAAGACCCAUCGGCUCAGCUGCCCCCCGGGGUGCUCCUAGGAAACCUGGACCGCCUCAAGCCCCUCAUGGACCAGUUUUUCCAGGAUGCCAACGUGGUGUUUGAGAUCAAGAAGGAUGAGAUGGAGUGGCAGGUGAAAUCUACAGCCACGUUUGGCCCAUCAGGCCUCUGGACCCUGGAGUACAAGCGGGAGCUCACCACGCCCCUGUGCAUCGCGGCAGCCCGCGGCCACAAGGCCUGCGUGAGCCACCUGCUCGCCCGCGGCGCCGACCCAGACGCCAGCCCCGGCGGCCGCGGCGCCCUGCACGAGGCCUGCCUGGGAGGCCACACGGCCUGCGCCCAGCUGCUGCUGCAGCACCGCGCCGACCCCGACCUGCUCAGCGCCGAGGGCCUGGCGCCUCUGCAUCUCUGCCGCACGGCCGCCUCGCUCGGGUGCGCGCAGGCGCUGCUGGAGCACGGCGCCUCGGUGCAGCGCGCAGGAGGCUCGGGCGGGGACACGCCGCUGCACGUGGCAGCGCAGCACGGCCUGGACGAGCACGCGCGCCUCUACCUGGGCCGCGGGGCGCCCGUGGACGCGAGGAACGGCCGCGGCGAGACGGCGCUGGGCGCGGCGUGUGGGGCGGCCCGGCGGCCCGAUGAGCACGCGCGCUGCCUGCGCCUGUGCGCGCUGCUGCUCCGCCGGGGCGCGGCGGUGGACGCGCGCGACGAGGACGAGCGCAGCCCGCUGCACCAGGCCUGCGGCCGCGCGCGCCCCGACCUGGCGAGCCUCCUGCUGCGGCACGGCGCCGACGCGGGCGCUCUCGACUACGGCGGCGCCUCCCCGCUGGCGCGCGCCCUGCAGACGGCCGCCUGCGCGCCCCGGGCCGCGGCGCCGCGCACCGUGCAGGCGCUGCUGAACUACGGCUCCCCCACCGUGUGGCCCGACGCCUUCCCGAAGGUGCUGAAGACCUGCGCAUCCGCGCCUGAAGUCGUCGAGGUCCUUUUCAACUCUUACCCUCAGCUCCGCGUGUCGGAGUCCUGGAAGGAGGCGAUUCCUGAAGAAGUGUUUGAGAUGCACCAGCCUUUCUACAAGUCCUUCUUUGCGUUGGCCCACACCCCGCGCUGUCUGCAGCAUCUCUGCCGCUGUGCCAUCCGGAAAUUGUUUGGCAAAAAUUGCUUUUACUUCAUACCCCUGCUCCCAUUGCCGAAGUCCCUGCAAAAUUAUCUCCUUUUGGAGCCAGAAGGUGUUUUGCAUUGAAAACCAGAGCAUUUGGACUAAGGCUCGAGUCCUCAUCUUUUCUUUCCGUGGGGGCUGCGUGGCGAGGAGAGCGCCGAGGGUGGGACGUCCCACUCUGCCUGGCAGAUGCACAGACCUCGCCAAGCUUCAGGUUCACCUCGGGAUGGAACUGGUAAUAAAAGCCCUUUCUGCCUCUCCACGUUGCUCGUGAGGAUGGAAACUGUGACUAUCCUAGUCUUGUAUCAGAAAGCACCUUCCAACGAAAGUUGAACUAAAAGGUAGAAGUAUUUUUUUCAAGGUUUGUCUCCCACCCCCAGUGGGUUAGCAACGUGCAUGCUGCCCCCCAGCCUCAGACCCUCUGCCUCAUGGGAAACGUCCCACCCCUCCUGGAGCUCGGGCACCUGGAAAGACUGUCCCCAACACAUGACAGAUGUACACAUUUAGAGAGGGCACCUGCUUGCAUAACAAGAGCGCCUCCCCAGGAGCCCACUGGUGCUUCCAGCACAGGACCAUCCAGAGCUCCUAGAGGAUGAUGGCGGGGUGGUGAGACGGACAUUCUGAUCCUACAUGAGUCUGCUGUCUGACCCCCUCAGCAGACCCCAGCUGAUCCAGCUCCAGCAAAUAGUCCAGGCAGCCAGAUGCCAGGAGUAGACACAAGUUGACAGAGGUUGCCAUCAGCUCAGCCGAGCAUCCAUAACAAGAGAGAUGUUCUAAAGGUCUAGGACUAUGUAAACCAUGUCUUCUAUUUUCUCUCUUCUGGUGCUUUGACUCUGGGGCCUUGCUGAUGCUGGAGGGCCGGCCCCUCCCAGGGUGAGCCAAUCCCUGGGGAUAGUCAACAACUCGCCCCCAGCGGUGCUUUUCAACCAAUCAAUGCAGAGCUCAUCCCAGCCACCUCCUUUGUUGGGCUUUCACACUCUGGGCGACAGUCCAACCCAGGGCCACGUGCCAGACACUGGGGACAGCCCCUCUGCCCCAGACCCCCCUGAAAUUAUUCAAACUAGCCAACCCUAAGCCUGUCUACCCUGCUUCGACCGUUCCUUCCACAGAAACCAUGGUAAAGCUCCUGCCCACAUCCCCUCCUCCACCUCCUGACCAACCCUGGUGCUUCCCCACAUGGCCCCCGAGGCGUGGCGUGUCUCUUCUCUCAGGAAUGGUGAGUAAUAAACUCUCUUUUCAAUGGCAGUCAUCUCCUGAUUUGUUGGCCUUACUAGACCUCAAAUUUUCUACUCAACACC